UCGACUAGCCAGAGACCCGGCGUGACCCAGCGCUUUCUCCAAGGCUUUCCCUUGGCGCGGCUGCGGUUCUCUUCUCGAGGCGCGCCUCUGGACGCGUGGAGACGCCUCGGCAGCCCUCCAGCAGGUCAGCGGCAGCUUGCCCAGGCUCCUUUCCGUGCUCGCCGGGCUCGCCGAGGGUAUCGUGAUUAUGUAUCAGAGCCCCGCUCGCUCCCUGUGCUCGGCCCUCUCGAACUUCUGCUGCGCUCCUCCUGCCGCCGCCUCCUCGUCCCUGUUGCGCCGGUCUCCCGUGCCGGUGAAGAAAGCCCUCUCCGUACCUGUCCCUCUCGCCGCCGCCUCCUCUCGCUGCGGUUGCUCUGCCGCAGGUCCAGGGGCUGUGAACCCUCAGGCUGUGUAUUCCAUGGGCAACAGUACAAGCAGGCUAUAUAGUGCUCUUGCAAAGACUCUGAGCAGUGGUGCAGUCUCCAAACAUCAGGAAUACUUGGAACACCCAGACUCCGAGCUCCUGGAUCCUAUAGAUCCUAAGGACCUGCUUGCAGAAUGUCAAGUUGUUCUUCAGAAACGUCCUGCCCGGCUCCAGAGAGACUUUGUGGACCUGAGGACCAACGUUGCCAGAAGCCACCAACCCAUUAGAGUCAUGCAGUGGAAUAUACUUGCACAAGCUCUUGGGGAAGGCAAAGAUAACUUUGUUCAGUGCCCUAUGGAAGCCCUCAGAUGGGAAGAAAGGAAAUGUCUCAUUCUCGAAGAGAUACUUGCAUACCAGCCAGACAUCCUGUGUCUGCAAGAAGUAGACCACUAUUUUGACACCUUUCAACCACUCCUUGGUCGACUGGGCUACCAAUGUACUUUCUUCCCUAAGCCAUGGUCUCCAUGUUUAGAUGUGGAAUGUAACAAUGGUCCAGAUGGCUGUGCUUUGUUCUUUCUUAAAGACAGGUUUACUCUUAUCAGUAGUAACAACAUGAGGCUCACAGCAAUGAAGCUAAAAACCAACCAAGUAGCCAUCGCUCAGAUACUAAAAUGUAACGAAACAGGCAAAUUAUUCUGCAUUGCUGUCACUCACUUGAAAGCACGUAAUGGCUGGGAAAGAUUUAGAUCUGCACAAGGUGCUGAUCUUCUGCAGAAACUGAAAAGUAUCACCCAAGAGGCAGAGAUCCCUCUAAUUGUCUGUGGCGACUUCAAUGCUGAGCCUACUGAAGAGGUUUACAAGGAAUUCUCAGAUUCCAGUCUGAACUUGAAUAGUGCUUACAAGCUGCUGAGUGCUGAUGGGAUGUCAGAACCUCCAUAUACAACGUGGAAGAUCCGCCUCUCUGGAGAAAGCAGGCACACACUGGAUUAUAUCUGGUAUUCACAACAUGCCUUACAAGUGAAUGCUGCUCUCAGUCUUCUGACUGAGGAACAAAUUGGACCUAACAGGCUACCAUCUUACAAUUACCCGUCAGACCAUCUGUCUCUAGUAUGUGACUUCAGCUUUAAUGAAGAUCCGGACAGGCUUUUAUAAUUUGAUGUGUGGGAUUUUUAGAAACUGCUGGGUUUAUGCAGUGGCCCUUGAAACUCUGCUUCUGAAGACUAUGGAAAAUUAUUUAUGAAUAAGAUAAUGAUUUACUUUGAACUAUACCUUUUAGAGACUGUCAUUAUGACCUUGCCGUGACAGUAAAAAACAAAACAGUGCUUAUUCCUUAUUUCAAGAGACGCCUUGUGUAUUAUCACUUGGUACAAAGGCUCAAGAAAAGCUCUGUCACUAUCUCUUGUAUUGGAGAACUGAUUCUGUAAUAAGUAUGUAAGAGCUUGGGGUUCAUGAGUUCUAAGAGCAUUUGCCCCAGAUGUGACUAUUAUGCACUAAAUUCACAAAAAGGGCCAAAAAUGUGGAAUACAUAAUAGGGUGUCACACUACAUUGUAAGUUGUACUGAUUGGCCAAAUGUUGGCAACUCGGUUUAGAACCCAUUUCAUUCUAUACAUGAAAAAAUACUGCAACACAAGUAUUAGUUAAUUAAAAUGUUUGAAUUUGCACUUAACUGG